GCGAAUAACGUGUUUGAAUUGUCUCGUAUCUUUUGACAGUUCGCUUGCUAUUAUUUGUAAUCAUUUUUAUUUUAUAAAUUGAUGAUGAAUGUAGGACUUGAUGAUUAAUUGAUCUUUUUGCUGUCACCGAGCAGUAAAACACUGUUUACAAGAAAUCAAAGAUUAGCAACUGAGUAAUUUAAAUAUUAAACAAUGAUUUCAGGCACUCAAUCUAUUCAAUAUUUUGAACAAAUAACUAAAGCAAAUAAAAAAUAUUUAUCACAAUUGUUUAUACGUUCAAAAUCUCAUAAAGUUAAAACAGAAAAAGUAGAAACCUGUAGUGAAGAUCUUAGUGUUGAAACACUAAUCAACUCUUUAAAAAAACAAGUAGAGCCUCCAAAUGCUCAAGAUUUAAAAUCACAAAACAUUAUUGUGGAAUUUAGUUCACCGAACAUAGCCAAACCUUUUCAUGUUGGUCAUUUACGAUCAACUAUAAUUGGAAAUUAUGUAGCCAAUAUAAAUAACUUUUUUAAAAACAAUGUCACAAGAAUUAAUUAUUUGGGUGACUGGGGUACACAAUUUGGUUUUGUUCAAUUAGGCCUUUCUCUGGCAAAGAUACCAAAAGAGACCAUUGAGAAAGAUCCUAUAAAUUCUCUGUAUCAAGCAUAUGUUCAUGCAAAUAAAUUGACAGAAGAAGAUCCUACUAUUGCUGAUGAAGCAAGAAAGCUAUUUUCAAAGUUGGAGAAUGGAGAUGAACAGACAGUGGCUGAAUGGGAAGCCUUCAGAAAGUACACCAUCAAUGAGUUACAAAAUACAUACCAAAGAAUAAAUGUCAAAUUUGAUGCAUAUGAAUGGGAAUCAUCAUAUGGUAUUAGUAAAAUAACUAAUGUUUUGUCACAAAUGGAAAGCUUAAAUAUUCUCACAUUGGAUGACAAAAAUAGAAAAGUAAUUCAUUUGAAUGAAAAGAAAGCGGUUCCUAUCAUCAAAAGUGAUGGGUCUUCACUAUACAUCACGAGAGAUAUUGCUGCUGCAAUAGAUCGUCAUCAAAAAUACAAUUUUGAUGCAAUGUAUUAUGUUGUAGAUAAUGCUCAAAGAGAUCACUUUAAAAAUUUAAUGAGUAUUUUACAUUCUAUGAAGCUACCCUGGGCUGAUAAAUUAAAGCACAUCAAUUUUGGUAAAAUCAAAGGUAUGAGUACAAGGAAAGGAACAGCAGUAUUUUUACAAGAUAUUCUAGAUGAGACCAAAUGUGUUAUGAGAAAACAACAACUUGAAGCUAAAAAUACCAAAGUUAAUUUAGACAUUGAUCAUCCAAGCACUGAAGUUCUUGGCAUAUCAGCAGUAAUUGUCAAUGAUUUAAAACACAAAAGAAAUCAAGAUUAUGAAUUUGACUGGAAUACAGCUCUUGAUAUCAAAGGAGAUACAGGAGUAAUGAUGCAAUAUGCUCAUUGUAGAUUAGUUAGUCUAGAAGAAAAUUCGGGAGCUAUAAUUGCAUCAGAGUGUGACCCCUCUUUUCUCAAAGAACCAGAAGCUCAAAAUCUUAUUUUGCAUAUUAAUAAAUUUGAAGGAGCUAUUGCCAGAUCAUAUAGAGAACUCGAACCUUGCCUUUUGGUUCAUUACUUAUUUCAAUUAAGUCAUUCAAUCAGCAGAGCCUUCAAAGUGCUUAGAAUAAAAGGAGAACCAGCUGAUGUAGCUAACCAGAGGCUCUUGCUCAUGCAUGUUGCUAGAAGAGUUCUUGGUCAGGGCAUGAGGCUACUUGGCAUACAGCCUCUAGACAAAAUGUGAUUUGUUACAAAUGAACUGUUGAUUGUUUAUAGUUUUUUUAUCUAAUAAGAAAAAUUUUUUACAAUAAACACGAUGAUAAAAAUUC